AUGUCCAGCCGCGUGCAGAGUCCCGGCUUAGACUACAUCCACGAUCACCUCGACAACAUCCGCGAGCCCUCCCUCCCCUCCUCCCCCUCCACCUCCAGCUCGCGCGAGAUCCGCCCGCUCCCGCCGCCCCCGCCGCCCACCUCCUCCCGGCGCACGCGCACGCCCGCCCAAGACGGCGUCUUCUCCAACACCACCAACCGCCUCCUCGCGCGCAUCCUCGCACGAGAGGAGAGGGACGCGCGCAAGAUCGACUCCAUCGUCUCCCUCACCUCCUCCCAGCUCGAAAAAGAGUCCGCGCGCGCGAACGACGCCGAGCGCCGCGCCCUCGUCGCGCUCGCGCAGCUCAACACGCUCGCCGACUCGAAGCGCCUCUUGGAACAGGACGUGUCCCGGCUGCGCGAGGAGCUAAGGCUGUACAAGAACCAGCUGCAGGACGCGCAGCGCGAGAUCUUCCGCGCGCAGGACAUCGUCGACCGCGUCGGCAGCGAGAAGCAGGACGCCGAGGCCGAGGCCGCGCGCUGGCGGAGUAUCGCGCGGCGGUGGAAGGAGGAGCGCGCGCUGGAUAAUGCGCGGGAGGAGGCCCACCGCCGGGGGUAUGCCGAGGGCCUCCGCAGGGGGUUCGUGGAGGGGCGCAGGGAGGGGUACUAUGCCAGGGAGGACGACGAGGAUAUGGUGGUGUACGGCGAGGAGGAUGCGCCGCCGAGAGAGUGGGACAGGGACAGACGGAGGGCGGGCGAGGAGGAUGCGCCGCCGAGAGAGUGGGACAGACGGAGGGCGGGCGAGGAGAAUGCGCCGCCGAGAGAGCGGGACAGACGGAGGGCGGUGUCGGGUUCAGGCUCGGGUUCAGGCUCUGGUAGUGCAGACGAGCCGCCUGCACGCCCGCCGUCCGCUGCACCCCGCCCUUCUUCUCGCGCGGCUUCCCGCGCCCCCCCUCGAGCGCCUACACGGACCUCAAACCGCACACCCAGCUACCGCGAGCCCCGCGUCCCGGACAGCGCCCCGCACGCGCCAACGAUGCCCUUCCCCACCCUCACCACCCCCGUCAACCCGCCCUCCCCACACCACGCCCCGCCCUCCCCGCUCCCGCGCUCGCCCGAGGUCAUCCAGCCGAUCCCGGUGUACACCGUCGGCGCCACACCACCCCAUCCCCCCGUCGCCAUCCCGCCCGACGGGUGGGUCCCCGCGGCCGCGCGCCUCGGCCCGGGGGGCGAGCCGCAGAUACCGCUGCCGCCGCCGCACGAGAUGGGCGGGGCGGCGAUGAUGCCGCACGAGAUGGGCGGGGCGACGACGACGACGCCGCGCUCGCAGGCGCCGAGGCAUCUGCACGGCGCGCAGGAGGACUCGUUCUACAUCCCGCGCGCGCGCCCGGCCGUCCCGCGCUCGGACGUCCGCCCGCGCGACUACGCCUACGCGGGCGGACAGGGGCAGGGGCAGUACGCCGAGGCGCCGCCGAACGUGCUGCGCGUGCCGAAUUCCCCGCCGCGCCCCGCGUCGCGCACGUCGACGCGCAUAUCGGACUUUGAGAUCGUCAGCGCGCCCGCGUCGCGGCGCGAGACGCCUGCGCCGAGACGGGGCAGCACGCCUGGGCCCGGGAUCGGGGGCGAGAGGAGCCAUACCCCCGGCACGGAGCGGAGCCGGACGAGGUCGGUGGGGAGGCGGAGCGAGUCGCGCCCUAGGCGCUCGUCGUCGCCCCAGCCGCCACGCGAGCCACCGCGCUCGCACACGCCCCGGGCGAUGGAGGAGAUGUAUCAGCCGCAGACGUAUCCUGAGCCCCCGCUUCCUGCGACCACUCCCAGACCCAGGACCCCUGGCGAUAGUCUCAGGAGCUCGACAAAGACGCCUGUGGAUAGGACGGCAACAAGGACACCUCUGGACUGGUUCUUCCGGCGGCGGGCGCGGCGGCGGGAUUCGACGCCGCCCAAUAUAAGCGUGGAGCCGCCUUCCGGCUCCGUGUCUACCCACUCGAGCGGGAGCAACACCUACGUCCAGCCGCACCUCCUCAGCCCCGACCGCGUCCCGCAACCCCUCCCCAUGUCCCUCGACGAGCAAAUGCACCACGUCCCGCCUCCCCAGCCCAUCCACCACAUCCCGCCAACCAGUCAAUCCCCCGCCAUCUUCGGGCACUCCCCCGACGGGCACCUCCCGCCGCUCUUCGUGCCCACCGGCCCGCCGGUCCCCGUUCCGCCGCCCGAGGAGACGUUCCGGAUACCCUCGCCCGGCGUGAGCGCGUACUACAAGGACGUCGCGAUGAAGGAGGGCCGCGAUCGCGCUGGGAGCGAUGCGUCGAUGGAGAGCGCGCCGUUGAACCGGCCGCUGUCGAUAUUUAAUGAGUGA